UCCGUUGGGCGGAUAAACAUCGGCUAAAAUCCAAAAGCAUUUUCCAAUACUCUUCGCGUUGCAGCCCUGCAGCAAUUGUUUAUUUCGAAACAUUUGAAUGGACAUCAAAUCAGCUGAUCGUGAUUUUAAAUUGAGUUGGGUGUUUACGUGGAAUUAAUGCGUACCAAAAUACACAGGACAAAUAGAAACAGUAGGCCCCAAUGAUUGAAAUAACGGAUUCACAAAAAAUAGGCAUCGGCCUGGCUGGCUUUGGAAUAUCGUUCCUUUUCCUCGGCAUGCUUUUGCUUUUUGACAAGGGCCUUCUCGCUAUUGGCAAUAUAUUGUUCAUAUCGGGUCUGGGUUGUGUGAUUGGCGUGGAACGUACUUUGCGCUUCUUUUUUCAACGCCAUAAAGUGAAGGGAACGACAGCAUUCUUAGGAGGAAUAUUUAUCGUCCUGUUAGGUUUUCCAAUAAUCGGUAUGAUUAUUGAGUCUUAUGGAUUUUUCGCCCUGUUCAGCGGGUUUUUUCCUGUGGCAAUCAACUUCCUUGGAAGGGUGCCACUUUUAGGUCCACUCUUAAAUAUACCAUUUAUGCAAAAGAUUGUGCAAAGACUUGGUGGAGAUGGCAACCGAACGACGGUAUAAUAUGUCUAAAAAUGUAUCUUAAUUAAAAAAGGUUUUUUUUGUAUUAAAUUCUUUUAAAAUUCUUGUAAAUUAAACUGAGUUUUAUCUAAGUAAUUCCACCAUAAAAAUAAAAAAAAUAAAUAAAAAUUAACAAACAUCA